ACAUGACAGUGUAGUAAACUCUGUCGAGGCGAGUGGAAACAAACCAAGGUCGGUCGGAGAAGGAUAUUCGAGAGGAUAUUCUUGAAAACCGGGUCUAAAAGUUAAACUAAGCUAAUUGCCCGGCUCAUAUCAGGGAUCAUAAUUCAUUUGGUAAAGGCCUACACAUUUUCCGAACCAACGAACAGCACAAGUUCGAAUUAAGCCCAAUCUCAGCCUCACCGCUCAAGCCUCAGCUCCGCACGGCGAGCUCCGCAGUCAGGGCCUCCGCUCAGCUCAGUCAAGAGUAGUAAGACUACUACUAGUACUAGGUUCACUGAGCCUUAGAAACGAUUAUUGAAGGAUGACGUCAACAGGAGCACCUGAUAUGCAGAAGAACUUCCAGGAGAUGAUGAGAGGCCAAACUCCAAAGGAUGUUAGACUACAGUUCCGCAAAGGGAAAUAUUUCAUGGCAGCCACUUCUGGCAUCUGUUCAGGAUACAAACAAGCGAAUCUAAUGGCUGUUCACAAAGAUGUAGCAGCGGAUCUGAGGGAGUAUUGUCGUUUGAACUAUGGACCCAUGGCCUGUAUCUUUAGCUCGGAACCAGGCCAGUUUGAUGUUCCUCAACUCUCUCAGGAUUCGGAUGUAAGGACUGAUUUGGGAGCCUUAAAUGUAUUUGUCAAUGGAGAGUUUGCCGAAACAGUUCCAGACCUUCUGAAAUUUGGGGAGCAAUUAAACGAUUUUUGCUUCUUCUACUUCGGGUGCAGCUUUUCGUUUGACGAGGCCCUCCUUGCUGGGGGUGUUCCUCUCAGAAAUCUGGAGCAGAAAAACACAAAUGUCUCCAUGUACAAGAGCAAUGUUCAGUGUCAUGGGUAUGGCUGUUUCUAUGGUAACCAGGUAGUUUCCAUGAAGCCCAUACCUAAGGAAUUGGUUGAGAAGAGUUAUCAGAUUACCCAUCCGCUGGGAGACGUCCAUGGAGCCCCGAUGCACAUAGGAGAUCCGGCUGUCAUCGGCAUAGAUGUUGAAAAGGUUGACUAUGGGAUAGCUACUCGAUUUCAUGAAGGAGAUGUUGCAGUGUUCUGGCCGUGUGGUGUCACUGGUCUAGAAACUGUCAAAGCUGCCAAACUACCAUUGGCUUUCACACACAGACCUGGUAGCAUGCUUCUGACGGAUUCCCCCUGCACGAAACCCAACCCCAACCCACCCCCAGAGGAUCUCCCCAGGGUAGUCUGGCUUGCUGAUACCCCACCCCUGGGGAGCACCCUCUCUCAGGCUACCAUGGAUAGGAUUAAGAAACUUGAAACUGCAGCAAUUGAGGAUAUAGGAAAGCGGCAAAUUGGCCAUCUCCUUGUAGAAGACGAUCUCCUGAAGGCUGCCCUGUCACUCUCCCAUGCAAAAUCAGUUGCCGUAACGACCGGUUUCCCGGUGAAGCUUGAGGGAGACAACCUCUUUGAGACCGACGGACCUCCAGGAGCUAUCGCCAUGGCAACCAUGCUCCAGGUCCUUGGCAAAGACGUGGUGCUAGUGAUAGAUGAUGUUGGAGGACUUCUUGGAUGGAUGAUCAAACUGGUAGACAUGUUAGUAGAAAGAGGUGUCCUGUCCAAGACCAUUCCUAUAGAAUGCUACCCUCCUACUGGUCAGUCCGCCUCCAAAGAGAAUGCUGUAUCCUUCCUGACCUCCCAAGAUGGCCAAACUCCUAGGUUCGAUCACCUGGUGGCGAUAGAGCGAGCCGGAGUGGGUCAAGAUGGACUCUACCAUUCAGCCUCUGGGAGAGUCAAUAAUGCGAAGGUUGGAGGGAUCGAUGCUCUGUUUAAUGCAGCGAGAGAUGUGGGACAUGUAUUUACCACAGGGAUUGGAGAUGGCGGUAACGAGAUAGGAAUGGGCAAGGUCAAAGAAAGAGUGGUGAGCCAUAUCCCGAAGGGCGACAUUAUUGCUACGGUCACCUCAACGGAUUACCUCAUCUGUGCUGGAGUCAGUAACUGGGGCGGUUAUGCCAUAGCUACGGCUCUCGCUCUCCUGAGGUUGUGCCCAAUACAUGACCGCUAUCGUCGACGGGCCAUCGGACUGCCCCCUACUGAAGAAGAAAUUCAGAGCAUCAAGGACGCUCUACCAACAGUGGACAAGGAAGAGAAAGUUCUUGAGGCUAUGGUGGAGCUAGGGUUCAUGGAUGCGACAGGAGAGGUCAAAAUGGCCGUCGAUUGGUUGCCGUUUCAUGAUGUCCAUGCUAACAAGAUCAAGGAAAUAUCCAGUGUCUGCUCUUAGAGAUGAAGAAGAUUAAGCUGAAAAAAGUGAACUUGAUGAAAAAAAAUGUGCUUGAAUAACUCAUGGGUAAAUUAACCUUUGUGAGAAGUUAAACCAUUAUUCUGUGGAGUUUGGAGGGUGUUAAGUGUCUGCCAUACUAAUAGUCUUACCCUUUCUGUUCCUAAGGUGAUGAUAAUAAUAUGCCACAUUGAUAUAGCGCUUAAUACAAUGUUUCAAAGUGCUUCAUGCUAUUACCCUGGCUUAAGCAAGGCUACCCUGAUUAGGCCCUGAUGCCUUCAAGGAAUUCCUUCCUACCGGGGCCACUACACCUGGGUGGAGAGUGGCACAUGUAGAUAAACGCCUUGUCAAAGGAUGCGGGUACUGCAGUGGGAAUAGAACCCUGGACCUGUAGUUCAAAAUCUGGAGACUUUCUCUCACAUGAUUUAAUCAAGAUAAUAGCACUAUUAUCUUAACCUAUUGUAAAAGAGUGAUUCCAAAACAGGAGAGGAUCAAAAUCCUAAGGAUAGGAUGAUUCUUUCAUAUUUCAUUGUUGUGGAAUGUCUCAUCACAUACAGUAUAUAAUAAUAAUAAUAUGUCCAUUUAUAUAGCGCAGUUACUAUGUGCAUAUACUCAACUGCGCUUUGAUACUUGGUAUCGUAUUAUAUAGUCAUCAUAUAUCAGACGUAUUUUUAUCCAGAGUGCUUAAAAAUUGCUUAAGUAAAUCCUAUUUUUAAGAAAGACAACUCUCAUGAAAUUAGUAGACCUAUAUCGAUUCUUCCUAGUAUUUCUAAAAUCAUUGAAAAGAUUAUUUACAAGAGGCUAUACAAGUUUUUGGAUACACAUAAUUUAUUAAAUUCAAAUCAAUAUGGUUUCAUCCAUUCUGCUCAUAAUAUGAUUAUAUGAUUAAUACAUGGUUUGGUUUCUCAUAUUUCCAAGCAUUUUUUAUUUACAAUGGCAAUCCAUCAUCUGCUACUGAUUUAUGCUAAAUGAUGUAUGCCUGAUUUAUUUUCAAUGGAUAUUUGUUAUAUUUAUGUUAUAUUAUAUUGUCAUGUAUAAGAAAAAUAAAUCAAAUCAAGUCAAUUCGGCUUUUAAUUAAAUUAAGUGAUAAAUUUGUUUUGAAAGAAUUAUGGGUAUAUCUUUUUAUGGACAUGUUGCUAUAUGGAGUGCAAUUAUACUAUGCAGUAUAUAUCAACUGAUAUGUUUGAUUUUGGACAACCAUUCCUUGCCUACUGCUUGUGGCAGUUAUUCUAGAUUAUGGGUAUUGAUAUUUGAUGUUUUACUGUUGAUUUUUAUAUGUUCAUAGUAUGGCUACUCAUAAUUUCAACACCUAGUCUUAGACCAUUGUUUUAGUUAAACCAGAGUCCAGAGUAUGACCCUUUGUAUUUACAGUUUACAUUUUUUAAUAGUUAACUGUAACUGCCAACAAGGACUGUCUUAUAUGAUAAGUAUCUAUUUUGUGUGUGGGGGCAAAUCGAGAAGCAUUUUUACCCUAGACAGCCCUUUUUUUUAAAGAAACUUGUCAGUUAUUAAAUAUCUUUCUUUUUCAAAUUUAUGAUCAUUAGAUAAAAUAUAGUAUGAUGUUGUUGUGGUGUUACCCCCUUAUGAUGUUCUACAUAUGUAUCCUAUACAUUUUAUUUUUACAAUAAUCACAUGAAUAGUAUUCUUAAAUGCUUGUGAAGUAGUCUAUAUCUUACCUUUCACAUAAUAUUUGUUAAUUUUAUCUGACACAGUGUUAUUCAAACUGUGACAGAUUGUGUUCUUUUGAAAUAUGGACUGUAGCCAUUUUUUCUUGCUCCUUUGCCAAUGUCUAUCAUAGUCACUGAGUGCUAUUUUGUGUGAUAUAUAUUUGUGUUAUUCAAUUAUUCUUUCACAAUAUUUUUCUUUUUUUCCAAACUGAAAUGGUAAUGCUUCAUAAUACUUGUAAUGUGUGUGUUUGUAUAAAAAUCAACCUCAGUUAAUUUUGACCAAAGCAAUUAAAUGAAAUGACAAUGUUUGUCCUAUAUGCAAAAUCAAGCAACAUUUUCCAAAGAAUUCAUGACAAAUAUGUAUAAGGUAUUACUCUAUUUUACUAAUAAAUGCCAUUUUGAUGCUCUAUUUCAAA